AAACCUCCGCAGUAAGAGAGAGAGUGAGGGAACAAGGGAGUGAGGGAGAGAGAGGAGAGCAGAGCGGGAGAUAGAGAGAUACCAGGAGUGUGAUGGUUUGCACUCCUAUCCAGACAGUUAGGCAGGGAGGGAGUGCAACAGAGAGUUGGUGAGAUGAGGAGUAUUCACAAAUCACUCCAUAUGGAUGGAUAACACAAAAAGGGGGACAAAGAGCGAAAAAGAAGAAUCACACCAACAUCCCUGUCAGGACUGCUGCCUGUGGACUUGUUUUUCUCUGUCUGGGACUCAAGAAGGAAGGAACAUCUGUCAGUUGUGUGAUCAUUGUAUGUUAAUAAUAUAUUCAAUACCACUUCUUGGAUUACUGCUGAAAGAAGCAGAAGAUAAACCACCAGUUUCUAUCAGUCGACCUAGAUUGUUGCAGAGCUGCAAGGAGAGGGGACAGUGUGGUGUAUGGACCAGCUCCGGAGCAUCUGUGUUUACCCUGCAUGGUCACUGUGAAAGUGGGAUUGAAGGACAGACAGAUGAUGUUGUAUGCAGCUUCUGCUAAAGUCCAAAUCUUGUCUGGGAUCUUUUUGCAAAUAUACAAGGCAGGCUCUCUGUCUGAUGAACUCACUUCCACUACCUCAUGAGGAUGACCUUCUCCUGAAUCGCUGAAUCAACCCCCCUACCAUGCACAUAUAAAUACUGGUGAUCACAAAUGUCACAGUGAUCACACGUCAUGGUGAUUGGACACACAUGCACUCUAAUAAUCUGCUCUACUCACGCCAUCUCCAGUGAUUGAGGGUUCAGCAUGUUGAGGGGCAAACUGGAGACAUGUGCUCGAUUUACAAGUUAAUGGCAGCUGGAGCUUGGCGUAUAGAGACUGAUGAGAAAGGUGGAGAGUGAAGGCCUGUUCCAUUAGUGCUCCUAGGGGAGACAUGGGCCUGGACGCUCCCCGGACGCACUGACCUCUCCUGGACAGAUUCUGGACAUUACUCUGGUGUACAAUUGGGAAUCUACAUGACUGACAAAGUCUGCCUCUUGGAGUACAAGCUAACGGAUGUAAAAAAAAAAAAUGUAUUUACAGAUUUGACUACUACUAUCUUCUCACUGAGGACAAAAAAAAGCAAGAAUUUGGAUUGUACUAUGAGCAGUACAUUCCAGUCCAGCACAGGAAAAGUCUGUUUCUUUGUUUUCUUGGUUGGCUGUGCCUCUCCUGCCUGGGAAUAUCAUGAGACUAUAAACAGGAGGUGGCUCCGACAUCUUAUCCCUGUUCCACUCAUCCAUCAGUGCUCUCACCAUCACCAAAGCAAAUGGACCAGAGAUCUGAGAAACAGUCUGUAGAGGACAUUAGACUAUAUUCUCUAACAUCCACUGGGUGUAGGUGGCUGAUUCCUUAGCUUUCUUGCCACUGAGGUCAGGAAGUAAAAGCUGCCAGCAAAGAGACAGCCUUCGGCGAGACGGACAGGUGCUUUUCUGGCUCUCAGCCUCGCUGGGAGGGACUAGCAGUGAAAGGAAAAGCCUUGCUGGGGGGCUCUGCUGGAGCGGAAACACUUUUCCACAGGCUAUGUUUGGAUGUGAUGCUUGUCUCUGUGGAUGUAACAUGGACUCUAUGGCCUGAUUACACAGCCCUGGUAUUCAGAUAGUGCUGGAGGGAAGGGAUAAUGCAUAUCCUUCCCUGCCCGGAACAAGAAGCCACCAUGAGCAACGUCACGGUCACCGACAACACUGAACCCAUAAGCCGCACCAUGAGUCCGGCAACCCCAAGUCCGUAUCCCUAUCCUGUUAGUUUCCAGGUCUCCCUGACUGGCUUCCUCAUGCUGGAAAUUCUCCUGGGCCUGAGCUCUAACCUCACUGUGCUUGCCCUCUACUGUAUGAAGUCGAACCUCAUUAGUUCUGUCAGUAACAUUGUCACUAUGAACCUCCAUGUGUUGGAUGUGCUGGUUUGUGUGUGCUGCAUCCCCCUCACCAUUGUGGUGGUGCUGCUCUCCCUGGAAGGAGAAACUGCUCUCGUCUGCUGCUUCCAUGAAGCCUGCGUCUCCUUCGCUAGUGUUGCCACUGCUGCUAAUGUGCUUGCCAUCACCUUUGAUCGCUAUGACAUCUCAGUCAAACCAGCCAACCGGGUGCUGACCAUGGGCCGUGCCCUGGCCCUGCUGGCUGCCAUUUGGGUAGUAUCCUUUGUUAGUUUCCUCGUACCCUUUAUUGAGGUGGGCUUCUUCGCCCAGGGCCAUGCUGAGCUGAACCAAACAGUGGUGGAGAAUGUGGUCCACACUAACCAGUACUACACAGAACUUGGCCUCUAUUACCACUUGCUUGCUCAGAUUCCUAUUUUUUUCUUUACUGCCGUUGUCAUGCUCAUCACCUACUCAAAGAUCUUGCAGGCACUCAAUAUUCGCAUUGGCACACGUUUCCACGCUUCACAGAAGAAGAAGGCUCGCAGGAAAAAGCGUCCAUCCAUGACGGCCAUGACAACGCAGCAAGAGGCCACAGAUGGAUCACAGAGCAGUGGCAGCCGCAACCCCACACUGGGUAUGCGUACCUCUGUCUCCGUCAUCAUCGCCUUGCGCAGGGCUGUUAAGCGCCACAGAGAAAGGCGAGAGCGCCAAAAGAGGGUUUUCAGGAUGUCCCUCCUGAUUGUGUCUACCUUUCUGCUAUGCUGGACACCCAUCACAGUACUCAACACAGUCAUCCUGAGUGUGGGCCCAAGUGAUCUAAUGGUCAAGUUGAGACUGGGCUUCCUGGUCAUGGCUUACGGGACUACUAUCUUUCACCCUCUACUCUAUGCCUUCACUAGGCAGAAGUUCCAGAAAGUUUUAAAAAGCAAGAUGAAGAAGCGAGUGGUGUCGAUCAUUGAGGCAGAUCCUACCCCUAAUAAUGCCAUUAUCCACAACUCCUGGAUCGACCCAAAGAGGAACAAAAAGGUGACAUUUGAGGACAAAGAUGCCCGACAGAAAUGUCUGUCUUCUGAGGAUGUGGAGUGAAGGAACUCAUUAUCUUUAGGGUAUAGUCAAAUAAAGCAGCUAAAACUGACAUCAGGUCAUGAUGAAAAAGGGAAAAUGUUAAUCCAAAGCAGUAAUGUAAAUAAUAUGUGCAAUAGAAUGUACAAAAACAAGAAGUGGAUAAUUUAUUACUAUUUAUUGAGAACAAAAGUAGGUUUCAUAGAUACACCAUAUACUGUAUUGUAGAUAUUGCAUGGCUUUUUGUAACAGCAGCAACAUACCGUACAUUGUGUACAUACAUAAUACAUGUACAGCUUAGGGUAAACAAGGUAUAUAAAUAGAGACAGAGAAGUAGGAAUUGUUAUGUAUAUGUAUAUUUAUAAUAAAUUUCGUGUUCACUCACCUAACACAGCAAAAUGCUUCCUAUUCUCCCCUCCCCCAAGUAAAGUGUUUGUGAUUCUGUAACAGCUGUGAGAUUACUCCCAUUCAUCACCAUGCCACUUGCUCCGACACCAGACCCUGCAAUCCCCGGUGACCACUGACCUUAUUGUCUGUGAGCCCUCUGAGGGAAGGCCCUCAGACUGAAAUAAGACUAUAGGUAUGAGGAUGCAAAAAAGACAGGUCAAACAAGGAGAGACAGGAAUGGAACGCAAGUAGCAAAGUAGUGUAUGUUAUGUUGCUAUAGCUGAAAAGCUAUGGGGAUACUGUUCACAAACACUGCUUUUAGAGUUAAAGAAGAACACUUGAAUUCCACAGACAACAGAACACCAUGGUUCUCCUCACCUCGUUUGACAUAAACCAGAUGUAAACAAAGCCUAGUCUGUUUCACUUUUACAGUCACAUCUUUGAGCCAAAUGGAAAAUCUACAGUUGCCUUAUUUUGGUUUGAUGAAUUGAGCAUGAUUUCAAGGUGGGACAGGGACUGUGACAGGGAGAGCACACAUCGAACACAAUGAAAAUAUAAUAACAAAUAUUGUUUUAAUUCUCAAAGAGAAUAUAAUCCUCAAAUGUUAUGCUUUCACAUAGAAGUUAUUUAAUCAAACUAAAGGAAAAUGUUGAAAAUGGUUGUAUCAUCAAAUUGUCUGUUUUUAAUAACACUAACCUAACAACGAUGCUCUCCAAAUAAGCAAAUCAAUAACUGCAAUAAAGAACUACUGCAAAAACUUUAAA